UAACGAACAUAUGAUUCCACGAAUUGUGAAAGCGAAAGUAGAAACCCAGUCCCGUGUCAUCAGUUGCCAGAUUGGUUUACAUGGCCACCGGAAAAGGAGGCAACAUGGGAGGUUUUUUUUCUACUGAUAAACCAGAGACUGGUUCUGUCAUUCGUGCUGCUGAUUCAGCUGCAGAGGAGGUUAUCAAAACACAGGAUGAAAUACAAAAAAAGUUCAAAGAACUACGAGAUGUUAUCGGAAAACAAAACGAGAAUGUGGAGACCUUAACAAAGACAAAGGCUCGUACGAUGGAUCUUUUCAAUAACAUGCAAAGGGAUGAUAAUACUGGGCCUACGCAUUCAAAAAAGACCUGUACUGGAUCAGAUCCUAUUUGUGAACAUUCUAAGGAAAUCAAAGAUUUAAAGAAAAGAAUGAAAGAAUUACGAUCUACAUUAGUAGAGAAAAAGAAGGAAUUUGAGAAAGAAAAACAAACAAUUGCGACAGAAAGGAAAAGGUCCCAAGAGGAAAUAAGUGGAUUGGAAUCCGACAAAAGCCGUCUACAAAUGGAAAAAACCCAGCUGGAAUCCAACGAAAGCCGUCUACAAAUGGAAAAACAACAGCUUGAAUCCAACGAAAGCCGUCUACAAAUGGAAAAACAACAGCUGGAAUCCGAGAAAAGCCGUCUACAAACGGAAAAACAACAGCUGGAAUCGGAACAAAGCCGUCUACAAAUGGACAAACAACAGCUGGAAUCCGAAAAGAAAUCAAACUUACAUAAAAUUCAAGAUCUUGAAAAUAAUAUCAAGCAGGCAGAGGAACACAUACGGCUGGCGAAGCAAAAGAAAGUUCGUGUGUCUCUGUACUCUGGGAACCACACGACCCUAAUGGAAGCCUCGGCUGAGUUAAACAAGAUGUUAUGUUUUCACUGGGAAGCCCUCGGGAUACUAGCGACAGUGGAGCCAUGUCUCGAUCCCAAGGCACACACAGGCACGACUCCCCUCAUCAUCCUCUGUAUCAACGCCUCCCGCCUCGGUACUGACGUCAGCAAUGCCACACAGAAUAUCCACUGUGACCAGUCGGUAGCCGUUGUCAUCCUCCACCACAAGGAAUUACACGCCCUCCCGUCGCAGCCAAGUGAGAAACUCCUGGUAGGUGCUCAAUACAGACAACUGGGGGCUAUAGUGGACAUUGCCUUCCUCAAAACCAAGGGCUUGUAUGCUUGUGACAUGAACGAGAAGGCACUGGACAAACUAACUGCGUUUAUAUCUAAUUUCAUUCAACAAGGUUAAUGUUCAAAGUGCGACGUCAUAUUCAUGUUCAAUGUUAAAGGUCAUAGUUAACAAUACAUCAUAUCCAUUUGUAGUAUCAGCAAUCAAGGUUGAAGGUCAAAGGUGACAGUGUAUUCCAUAUGGAGUAUCAGAAAACUAUGAUGAGUAUCACGGAGUAUACCUGUGGAAUAGCAGUUAACAAGGUUAAUAUCAAAAUUGACAGCUCUUUCAUGUAAAAUACCGGCAAACAAGAUGAGGGGACAAGGUUGACAAAUCCUUCCUGAAAAAGAAAACCAUACCUUGCAAUACUUUAAUGAAAAUAGAAUUUAGAUGAAAAAAAAUAUAAUCAACAACAGUGUUCUAAGCAUUAACACUUAGAGGGACCAGACCUACAUCCGAACCUAGGACCUCGGAUCGUCAACCCUUCACUCUAACCAGCUGUGCCACCUGGUCAGCGGAAGAACCCUGUUAUAUCAAACACGAAAUUAAGGGGAGGUUACUCGAUGUACAAAAGCUGUGUUUUGCUUGGAGUAGGUGAGGGAUUCUUAACUAAUAUACAUGCAACUUGCAUAGUUUCAACUAUUGUAUUUAUAACACAUUUUCCACAUAUCAACAUGUGUUAUGUUUGUAUAAUAUAUUUGCUUUGAGAAGGAUUCCUGUUAAAACACGCAAAUGAAAUAUAUCGAAAAGGCGACGAAACCAAGCUUAAUGUCACUCUACUUGCCAGUUAAUGGUAAGGUUAAAUAGAAAUGCUCCCCGAGAAGUCUGGCAACGUGUGCGAACCACAGUUAGGGAUAUGUUAUCGACGAAUGUUGUUAUGAAAUAUCUGUCGGUAUUAUAUGUAUUAUAAAUAUGCAGGUUUACACUAUGUUCAUCAAGGAAUGAUUUCAGUAAAUGAUACAUAUUGCUGAUGGUAAUUAAAUGUUCACGGCAACAAAACAUCC